AUGUUCUUCCCAAUCAACAGUCCUGAAAUCGGCAAAAUUUCAUCAUGGAUAAUUGCGACAGCAUUGACGAUGAUUAUCGUCAGCCACAUAUUCAUUGUCAAACAAUUACGUUACCGCCGGAUGAUGCAAAUUGAAGCGCCGUUUGCUAAGUGUGGCAGGGAGUUGUCGAGUAUGACCGUCAAAGAGUCCCACGAGAUCAUCACCCAGCUACAAGAGCUCGAGUUUCCAUACUCCUUCUCCAAAGCUCGCAAACUAGCUCUCCUCAAAGCUGGGAGUGUUCCAUCAAUGUCCAGACUAUUUGCCGUUACAGGCCAGAACAAUAAACGCAACGCGGGGAAACGAUCAGUCGAUACGGAGAUCCUUCUCAGAGAAGUGCAGUCUAAGGCAAGAGACUCGGAUCGAUAUGCGAUGUCUGUGGCAAGAAUGAACUUUCUACAUGCACGAUACCGCCGUGCGAACAAGAUCACCGACCCCGACCUACUUCACACCCUCGGCGACGGCCUUGCUGAGAUAAUCAAUGUAGUCAACAGAGACGAAUGGCGCAAAUUGACCGGUGUCGAAGUAUGUGCUCUCGGCAUCUUCCACAAGAACCUAGGUGAAGAUAUGGGCAUUCCCUUCGAUCUUUUACCCUCGUGUAAAGAAGGCUGGAUGGACGGGUUGCACUUUGCAAUGGAGCUCAAGAACUGGACCGUCCAAUACGAACAAGAAGUCUGUCAGCCGGUGCCGACAAAUGACCAAUACGUCAGAGUCUAUGUCGACUCGGCCCUUUCUUCUUUACCUAGUUCCUUCAGGACAGCACUGAGGAAGUCGCUGGGAGCCGACUUGGACGACGUGGCUCGAUUGAGCCUCAAUCUGGAAUCUCCCGGAAUCCUCCUCUCCACCUUUCUAGCACUAGUUCGCAACUCGAGGAAACUCGGGCUCCGUCACCUUGCCCUGCCGCGCCCCGACUCAUCUGCAGUCAAACUCGUCAACGACACCCCGAACCCCGAGACUAAGCUCUACAACUUUGGACGGAAAAGCCUUCAACCCUGGUACAUGCGGCCAACAACGUGGUCGACUUGGGGUCCGGGUGCAUGGCUGGUCAAAGCGGUCGGUGGGAAGGUUCCGGGCGAACGGGGAAGCAGAUAUUUUCCCCAGGGAUAUGACUUGAUGACCAUUGGGCCUGAGCCUCAGCGGGAGAAGGGGAGGUGUGAGAUGAUAUCGGAUAUGGAGGUGAUCAAGGCAAGGGGAGCAGUGACCUGUCCGUUUUCGCAAGCGAAAGCGAAUACGUUUGCCACUCCUCAACACCUAUGA